GCAGAUCCAAGAGAACACUAAUAGUCGAUGUUUUUACAAUAUUUACAAAAGCAUGGUCAAAAAAGCGCGAGAACAUCUUGGUUAGGCAAAUCGAUCAGCUGCUAAACCCAUGAUUUAUUCUAUAUAUGCUAUUUAAACAAGCUCACUGAACGCCAAGAGGCGAGUGUAGCAAUAAUAUAGACUGGCAAGGAACUGGUUGGAAAAUGGAACUGACUGAAACGAAAAACACCACUGAUCAUCCUCAUGAAUGCAGUUGGGUUCCACCUCAUGAUGAAAUCAUUCUUUACGUCUUUCUCAACAUUUUAUUCUCCUGUCUGGCAGUGUGCAGUAACUUUGUUUUUAUGUUUGCAGUUUUCAAGACACCAAAUCUCCAGACUGUUUCCAACUUUUUUCUAUGUUCGUUAGCUUUAGCUGAUUUUUCAGCAGGCCUUUUUGUCAAUUCACUCUACAGUUGUAUCGUCCUUUUUGGAGUUUCUCCCAGUGGCCUCUGGCUUUCGAAAGUCGAGAAGUUCGUCUGGAUUCAGACGCUUGUUUGUAAUACUUUCAGCUUGGCUUUGGUGAGCAUAGACAGGUACAUUGCCGUGCUCUACCCUUUGAAAUACUACACUAUCAUCAACGAACGAAGAUGUUUUUUUAGUAUCAUGUCUGUCUGGGUAUUAUCGAUUGUAUUGGCUCUUCCGGCACCAUUUAUCAGCGAAAAAGGUGUAGCCGUCCUAUGGUCAAUUGGUGGAGUCAUCUCCGUUGUCUUUCCAUUCAUUAUCAUUAGUUAUUGUUACUUUCACAUAUUCGGAGCUGUCAGACGACAGGCAACGAGAGUUGAGCCACCUCCAGAUUCUGUAGUUUCCCAGAGUGGACAAAUUCGCUCAGUUACAAGUGCCCAACGCCAGCAGAAAGCUGCUGUCACAACUUCAAUAAUCGUAGUUUUCUUCAUCGUGCUUUUCUCUCCCAACAUUGUGUUUGCAUUUCUUUAUGCAUUGGCAGAGGAAGGAUGCGACCAAGCAGCAGUGCUUCGAUCAUGGCUCUGGGGGGUGUUGGUUGCCUACAGUGGAUCCUUCAUCAAUCCUUGGAUUUAUGGACUUCGAUCAAAGGAAUUCAGAAACGCUUUUAACCAAAUGUUUAGGUGCAGGAACUGAUGACAUAAACUAAAAUACGCGAAGAUACUUUAUUUAUUCCAGUUCAGA